CUCUCAGUCUCUCACACGCAAACGCGAACACGCGAGGACAUGGACGACAUGGCCAAGCUAGCUCAGAUGCCGCGCGCUCCUCUGCUCGUCCUGCUGCUGAUGCUGGGGGUCGGCGCGGCGGUGGCCGUGCCGGAGUACAGGGAGGCGCCGCACUUCACCAACUCGGCGGCGGCGCGGUGCCCGCCGCCGCUGCCGGCGACGGACGCGGACGCGGCGUGCUCGCCGCACGCGGCGGUGCACGUGGCCAUGACGCUGGACGCGCCGUACCUGAGGGGCACCAUGGCCGCGGUGCUCUCCGUCCUCCGCCACGCCUCCUGCCCGGAGUCCGUCCACUUCCACUUCCUCGCCUCCUCCUCCUCGUCGCCGGAGGCGGCGGCGGCGGUGCGGGAGCUGAGGGACACCGUGCGGGCGUCGUUCCCGUCGCUGGCGUUCCGGGUGUACCCGUUCGACGAGUCCCGCGUCGCGGGGCUCAUCUCCACCUCCAUCCGCGGCGCGCUCGACCGCCCGCUCAACUACGCCCGCUCCUACCUCGCCACCACGCUCCCCGCCUGCGUCCGCCGCGUCGUCUACCUCGACUCCGACGUCGUGGUCACCGACGACAUCGCGGCGCUCGCCGCGACGCCGCUCCCGGGGGAGGCGGCCGUGGCGGCGCCCGAGUACUGCGGCGCCAACUUCACGGCCUACUUCACGCCGGGGUUCUGGGCGUCGCGGGCGCUGUCGGAGGCGGCGUUCGCGGGGCGGCGCGCGUGCUACUUCAACACGGGGGUGAUGGUGCUCGACCUGCCCCGGUGGCGGCGCGCGGGGUACACGGCGCAGAUCGAGGAGUGGAUGGAGCUGCAGAGACGGGUGCGCAUCUACGAGCUGGGCUCGCUGCCGCCGUUCCUCCUCGUGUUCGCCGGCCGCAUCGCCGCCGUCGACCACCGCUGGAACCAGCACGGCCUCGGCGGCGACAACUACCGGGGGCUCUGCCGCGGCCUGCACGCCGGCGCCGUCAGCCUCCUGCACUGGAGCGGCAAGGGGAAGCCAUGGGACAGGCUCGACGCCGGCAAGCCGUGCCCGCUCGACGCCGUCUGGGCCAAGUACGACCUGCUCCGGCCGGCGGCGGCGAUCGAGACCUCGUGAGAUCGACUGAGCUGCUCGCCUUUUUUUUGUUUUUUUAGAAGAAGAAAGAAUGUGUUGGUUCUUUGGUUGUUCAUAGAUCAUCAGAGAUGUUUAUGCCAAGUGUAAAUAUUGUUUAGAGGAAUGAACAGUGAUGAUGCCAACUUUUUUGAUCUAAAGUUUCGAGUUUUUAUUA